CGGAAUUUUAUGUGUCAAGGCCUUAACUCUCUGGUGAUACUUUGAAUUUCUCUUCGCUGCCCGGGAGAGCGUUCAAAUUUACCGCCCGACCGAGAUUCAAGAUGGCGGUGGAGCCACGUGACUCCGGCGGCGCCGCUGCGGCGGCUCCGCGUUCGGCCGCGCUCGGCACUCGUCGGCGUCUCGUGACAGCGUUCGGCUGCCGGCGGCGCGCGAGAGAGGCGUGACUCGCGCGGCGGUUCGGAUUUGUGCGCGUUCACGUCAGUUCGUACGACCGCCGCUGUCGCUGUCGUCGUCUCCGCGACCGCUAUCUCGCCGAUAACUCGGCUCGUCGCGAUGAGGUGACGGCGCCGCGGCCGCGAGACUGAUUCGCGUAUGAUCGCGCGCGCGCGCGCGACUUCCUCGACGCAGGAUUCCGGAGCAGGCUCGCCGUCGUCGUCGUCGCCGUCGUCGCCGCCGCCGCAGUCAUCGUCGCCGCCGUGGCUUCCGUGUCGCGCGGGCCGCGGAUGUUGAUAGCGCGCGAUAUCUCACCGGGACCGAGGAGAGAACGAGAGAGAGAGUGAGAGAAGGGGAGCGUGCGUGCGUAAAAUGGCACAGGACACCGACGACAUCAACCUCACGCCGCAGGAGUUGCAGACGCUGUCGGAGCUGGACAGCCGUCAGUUCGGCUUCCUCAAGCUGAACUCUCCGGAGCAGUCGAAGAAAAAGGCCCUGGUGGUGCGCGCCAUCAAGUACCUGGAGCGCAUGCUGGUUCAGGCACAGGCGGAGAAGCAACGCAGGAAAGCCGAUAGUACAAAAGUGUGCCCGGACGACAAGGAGAACGAGGACGAGGAUAAGGGAAUAAGCAUUGAUCCCAAGACGUACUGCAAACUGGGACAUUUCCACCUGCUCCUGGAGGAUCACAGCAAAGCGAUGUCGGCAUAUCAGAAGUUCUACGCUUUAAAAGGCGACUACUGGAAGGACGCUUCGUUUCUAUACGGCCUGGGUCUCGUUUACUUCCAUUUCAACGCCUUCCAAUGGGCCGUGAAGGCGUUCCAGCAGGUGCUAUGGGUGGAACCAGGAUUUCCACGGGCCUGCGAGGUUCACCUACGGCUCGGCUUGAUGCUGAAGGUCCACGCUGAGUUCGACGCCGCCUUGAAGCACCUGACCCUCGCCCUGAUCGAUGCCACCACACCUGCCUCCUUCUCCAAGCUCGAGAUCAAGUUCCACAUUGCCCACUUGUACGAGGUUCAGGGCAAGUAUCGCCUCGCUAAGGAGCAUUACGAGGCCCUGCUGAAGGAGAAGGUCCUGCCGUUACAUCUGAAGGCUGACAUCUGCCGCCAAUUGGGAUGGAUGUACCACGUGGUUGAGUGCACUGUGUUGGGCAUCAGCAGACUGCAGAAGCAAGCCUUCGCUAUCCACUGCCUGAGGCAGUCCAUCGAGGCCGAGCCCAAGAGCGGACAGAGUCUUUACCUUCUGGGACGCUGCUUGGCCGCAUCCGGAAAGGUGCACGACGCGUUUAUCGCGUACAGAAACACAUUCUUUCCCUUUGGGAUUCGGGGCGAUUUUGAUACUUUUCUAAAUUUGCAUAUAGUCAAAAAUAUGGAAGAAAAUUUGCAAUGUAAUUCAAAGAUAUUGAAAAAAAUCAGAAAUUCAGUCGAAAAGUCGGAAGGCAAUGCGGACACUUGGUGUAGCAUAGGGGUGUUAUAUCAGCAGCAGAAUCAGCCUAUGGAUGCACUGCAAGCCUACAUAUGCGCGGUGCAACUAGACAAAUCGCAUUCAGCUGCGUGGACUAAUCUAGGCAUACUGUACGAAAGUGUUAGCCAGCCGAAAGACGCUCUGGCCUGUUACGUUAACGCAUCCAGGGGAAACAGCAAUAUAGCGAAUUGCACGGGCCCAUUCGCGGGUCUGGGUGGCGUUAAGUCCGGUGGCAACAACCCGAUGAACCCGUCCCUCCAACAGCGUAUCAGCUUUCUGCAGAGUCACCUAAGUCAAGCACCAAUGCCUUCCGUCGCUACCAAGAGGCGGCAUUUGCCGUCAAUCGAAGAGGCUUGGAAUCUGCCGAUCAGUGCAGAGAUGUCCAGCCGGCAGCAGCAGCAACAGCAGCAACCCGGCGGGCCUUCGUACAAAUAUAGUGCCACACCGACUGGACCGCCUCCGCCUUAUCCUCAAGCUCAGGGACAGAACACUAAGCGAUUUAAGAACGACGAGAUAAUGUCGGCCGGGUCGCAGCAACGGCCGCCGCAGAUCUACAUGUCGUCGCAGCAAGUGAACAUGUUGCAGUACUUGCAACACAUGCAACAAAGUCCCAAUGGUCUGUCACCGCACCAGCAGAGUGUGCUUACCCAGCUGCAGCACCAAUAUCGCAUGAUGCAUCAACAGAUCAAGCAGCAGCAGCAAGCGGUGCAACGAGGCCUGAGGCCGGGACAACCCGGUUAUCCUACAGCGUACAGCCAUCCACAGAACCUUGGCCAGUCAUCGGGUGUCGUCAAGAACUACGGCAUACCGCAACAGCCGUUGCAGCAAGGAGGUACGGUUGCGCUGCAGACGGGCUUUUCCGACACCAAUGUCGGCUACAAUACGGCGGCAACCGGAAACACUACGCCAACACCAGGAAUGCCUUAUAAAUCCGCCUCCGAUCCCGCUUAUCCGCCGCAAAGACAACAGAUCACCGGCGGCGCUCAGUACGGCGGCCAGUAUCAGCAGCAGCCGAAUCAGUACGCUGUUCAGGGCUACACAGAGGUUUCAUCGGCGAGCAGCGGCUACUCGGAGAGCUCCACGGCGGUUACAGUGAACAAGGACAAUUUAGGUGUAACGGAUCAAGAGUUGCACGCGCUGCUGUCACGUAAGGACAUAGCCACGUCGCUGGCGGAAGACCUGCUCAAGCAGUUCGGUUCCGGCGAGUUGGAGACGGUCGUGAAGGAGGAACCGUCGAGCGGCAGUGUUAUUAAUGACAACGGCACGCUCAGCUCCGGUCCGUUCUCGCCGUCGAACCUCGAGGAGAACGCGGCGGACAAGGUGAAGGAAGUGAAGCUGGAAAAGCCGGAAGAGGCGGUUCUCCAGCCGGCGCAGUCGAAACCGACGACGGAUGCUGCGACGACGACCGCGACGACGACUGUGACAACAGUGAAGUGCGAGACGACGACGGUGAAAUGCGAAACGACGACGUCAUCGUUGCCCUGCGGCACGGCGAUGACGACGACAACGUUAAACAAGAGCGAGGCGAGCAGUAUUUCGAAAACAGAACCGAUGAUGAACUUGAAGCUCGAGUCGUUGUGCGAAUCGCAACCGGAGUACGAACUGGGCAUCGAGAUGGAUGCCAAGGCGGUGAUCGAGGCGUGCAAGGGUCAGGGGCUGAAAGGGGUGCCGAAUUGCUCGAUACUGAGCGAUCGCUCGCCGCCGCCGGCGCCGCCGGAUCCGCCUACGCAACGACUGACGAGGGAGCAACUGUUGCCGCCCACACCGAGCGUGUACUUGGAGAACAAGAAGGAAGCCUUCAGUCCGCAUCUCCAGGAAUUUUGUCUAAAGCAUCCGAUCGCUGUGAUACGUGGCCUCGCGGCAGCGCUCAAGCUCGAUCUCGGCCUUUUCUCAACUAAGACUCUGGUCGAGGCGAAUCCAGAUCACGGUAUCGAGGUGCGCACGCAGAUGCAGCAGACUAGCGAGGAGAACUGGGACUCGGCGCUCAACAAGAAGGUCUGGAACUGCAUCAGUCAUCGCAGCCACACAACCAUUGCCAAGUACGCGCAGUACCAGGCCAACAGUUUUCAGGACAGCCUGAGAGAAGAGAAGAUACAGGGUGGCGUACAUGCUUCCAAUCUGUCAGACUCGGAUUCAAAGGACAGCACCGGUCAAACGGUUCGACGUAAAAAGAACACGUUUGGUCUAGCCGGUCGACCGGGAACUAAAAUGCUGCGCUUUGGUACCAACGUGGAUCUGUCAGAUGAGAGGAAGUGGAAGCCACAAUUGCAUGAACUAAUGAAGUUGCCGGCCUUCGCCAGGGUGGUAUCAGCCGGCAACAUGCUCAGCCAUGUGGGCCACGUGAUCUUAGGAAUGAACACUGUACAGUUGUAUAUGAAGGUACCUGGGAGCAGAACCCCCGGGCACCAAGAGAACAAUAACUUUUGUUCUAUCAACAUUAAUAUCGGGCCGGGCGACUGCGAAUGGUUCGCGGUACCAGACGCGUAUUGGGGCAUGAUAUGCUCGCUCUGCGAGCGCAAUGGCAUCAGUUACCUGCACGGUAGUUGGUGGCCAAAUCUAGACGACUUGUAUGAAGAAAAUAUUCCAGUGUACAGGUUCCAUCAGCGACCGGGCGAUCUCGUGUGGGUGAACGCGGGUUGCGUGCACUGGGUGCAGGCGGUCGGCUGGUGCAACAACAUCGCGUGGAACGUCGGCCCGCUCACUGCCAGACAGUAUCAGCUCGCGAUCGAGCGUUACGAAUGGAACAAACUGCAGGCGUUCAAAUCGAUUGUGCCAAUGGUGCACCUUUCGUGGAAUCUGGCGCGUAAUAUCAAGGUGUCGGAUCCACGACUGUUCGAGCUGAUCAAGAACUGCCUUCUGCGAACGAUGAGACAGUGUUGCUUGAUACUGGAGUUCGUGAAGAGCAAGGACGUAGAAGUGCGCUUCCAUGGCCGCGGCAAGAACGAGGCCUCGCAUUACUGCGGCCAGUGCGAGAUCGAGGUGUUCAACAUCCUGUUUAUCCGCGAACAGGAGAAGCGUCACGUAGUGCACUGCAUGGACUGCGCGCGUAAACAAUCUCCCUCGUUGGAGGGAUUCGUCUGUCUGGAGGAGUAUCGUAUGCGCGACCUGAUGGACGUUUACGACGGAUUCACCUUGUACAACCUGCCGUCGAUCACCGCCGCCAGCACCACCACUACCACCUCGUCAUCGUCGUCGACAGCCGCGACGACGUUGCAGGCACAGACCGGCCAGUCCUCCUGAGGUUACAUGCAACACAUAUACUUGGACUUCCUGAGCACGUUGCAGCAGUAGUGAUCACUACCAUCCGGGAAAUGCGAAUUCUUUCCGGAUGGUGAUCGCUACUGCUAGUGUUAGUCCUUGUGUUAACGCGAGACAAGAAGACAUUUCGUACGAUAAGCAUUAUCCAUGUACCUGAGAGCUACGCGAAAAAGAGGCGGGACCGGCUCCUUAAGAGCUCCUUGUGGGCGACCGUCCGAAAAUAUAUACCGGAUGGUGUGAAAGCUUGACAGCAAUUUCUCUCGAGAGAUCUCGAUUUUAGGGAGAUAUAUUUCGAAGUAAGAAUCAUUGGAUCCUCGGAGAUGCAUUUUUUUUUACCGCGCAGCAAAAUUUCUUUGAGUCCAACGGUGUGCUCUGUUAAAGAUAUUCCUUUCUUUCUCCAACAACCGUUUCAGAGACAUUAGUUUGUCAUGCUUUACCUCAUCCUGUACAUGUAUAUACAUAUACACAUAUGUAUACACACGUAUGCACAUACACGCGUACGUAUAUUAUAUACACACUAUAUAUAUACACUUAUGUAUAUAUUUUUAUCUCAAUUUGUAUACGGCAGCCUUUUUAGUAUGCGCUUUAAUCUGCACUUGACCAUUCAAAUUCGCUGUUAGGAACGUGAUUUUAUCGCGACAGAGCCUCGUGAGCCGAUCCCAAGGAAAGAGGAGAGAUUGUGAAUGGAAAGGGCAGUCCUCGGUAGAUGCGAAGACCGAUUCGCGCUGCUUGCGGCUCGCUCGUUCGCUCGUUAGUUAGCCCUGUUUGUACAAAUCUAACUCGCGCUUAUCUAUAAAAAAAAUAUCACCGUCGUCGCCGGAUUAUUCCUUGUAAAUAUGCGACGGCGACCACUAUUACCUUUUUAUAUAGCUCUCGGGUAUUGGCUAGAGAAGACUGUCUCUGAUUAUUAGAGGACGUAAUAGUGUAACAAUCGGCCCGCGGCAUCCCGAUUUAACGUGCUGGAUAUCCUUCUUUUACCGGAUUUGACCUGAUUUCUCUUAUCAUCGUUUAUUUAUUAUUGUAAUUAACGAUUAUUGUAAUUCGCGAUUGGAAUUCUCUAGAUGGACCUUGUGUCGUGAGUAGCACUCUCCUUGUCAUCAUUUCAUGGAGACUUAAAAUCUAAUGUUCGAAUCUUUGUUUUUUUCGUUCUUUGUUCUCUUUGCGUUUAGUUUGGAAUGUAAGACUAUACGUUCUCACUGCCACUUACGAAACUGCUGAGAUAAAAUGAGAGAUUCGCCCUUUGUCAUGUGUAUUGAGGAUCGUAUAAGGACGAGAGAUUGCCCACAUCAUUGAUUAAUCAUUGUUAGGAAAAUAUAAAGGCAUCUUACUGCCGUGCGUGGCACUGCUCAAAUCAUUUGUACAUGUUUGUAUGUGAAUUUCUGAGAUGAGGGCUAAAAGGAAAAGGAAGGAAAUUAGUAAGAAUAUCUCUCUAGAGUAUAGCAUGAGAUCUCUACUGCCAACCAUGCAUGUUAUUUCCUGUUUAAAAACGAAACGAUCAAUUAUUAAAAUUUAAGUGUUACGUAAAAUUAAAGCCUCGAGCUGGAAGUUAAAUAUCUAGGACGAUUAUCGUUUGUCCGAAUCUGCAAAUGGUAGAAAUUAAAAUUAAAAGUUGAGAUAAAGAGUCCAGAGCAAAAUGAGCUAGAGUGAAAACGGAUGCCCAUGUCAACAAUGUCUCGGGAUUAAAAAUGAAAUCAUUGAAUUUCACUCAAUUGUGGUUUCUCGCGUGCGACGGUCGACUACUUCUUACGAAAUGCACAAUAUUUUUUGUUUCUUAUCUAAAAUCAUAUUUCUGCGAUAAAGGGUAACGUGCGUGCGUGUACGCGCGCGCGCGCGCGUUUGUGUGUGUGCGUGUGCGUGUGCGUGUGUGUGUGUGUACGCUGUGAUUUUUGUUAGCGAAAUCGAGUUGUAGCGAAAAGAGAAAAUGUAGACGAAACAUAUAUACGCGAAAGAAUUUCACAUUGCUCGCAGGGCGAUGACACGAGAUGACAGGGCGACGUAAGAUUUUCGGGAAAGGGGAGAAAAUAGAGACAAAAAGAGCUUCUUGUUCAUCAGGUUAAUCGUACUUUAAGACAACAAAUGUACCUUCAUUCACACAGUCUCGUCAAUUGAUCAGGGCGUUCACAGCCGACGUAACGUGCCAGAGCGCUUACCGUACCGCCACCCUGUAAAUUAGUCCGAUCCGAGGAAUUGAGGAUUAAGAGUGAUACCUUUGCCAUUGUAAAACUAAUAUUGUACAGGACGAAAUCAGCGGGAACGGGACAAUCGAGGCACCUGGCCUGCCACUGGCAGUUACACCGGGUCGAGAGACGAAAGAAAUUGCUUCACUGCGAUUACUUGCAAGUGUUCCUUUAAUAAAGACGGAUUUACUUUUAAUUCUCAGCUCCUCGACCCCCGUCCCGAGCGAACUGCGAGAGAGGGGGGGGGGGGCAGAAGCAAGGAAGAAGAAGAAGAAGAAAACAAAGUAGUUAGCUCUUCGCGCCACGGGAAAGGAUCAUCCGCAAAGGAAGCGAUCUAUUUUUGAAUAUCUAGAAGCGCUAGUUCUCCACCGAGUCAGUAGUUUCAGAGGAAUUAAACGAGAGAUGAAGGAGGACCGUCGCGUUCUCCUCUUAUUUUCUACACGAUUGUACUCUAGACAAGUCAUAAAUGCCCAUAACGUUCGCUGAA